GUAUUCAUCUUAUUUACACACAAUUUUUUUUAAAUGCUAUUGACAUAAUUUAAUUUUUUUUUACCUUCUAUUAAAUUGCGAUUACCAUUACCAAGGCUCGAAUUUUAUUCUGAAUGGCAAAAGACAUAUACAAGAUUUUGUUGCAUAGCGCAAUAUGGAAACGUUCACUGCAAAAUGUUUCGAUAACCAAGACAUACUAUUAGGAAAUGAUAACUGUGAUGAUAUUGAGGAAAAUGAUAUUGAUAAAAAUUUAAGCUACAUCAAUUCAAACGAAUUCUAUAAAAGCUCUACUAAUAAAUGCAAAGAAUGUACAAACAUUUCUAGAAGAUAUAAAACAUACUCUCAACUUCCUGCUAUUUAUUUGAAUCAAGGUUGCAAAAGAAAAAGUAUAUACCAGGCUUGCAAAAAUUAUAAAAAUAUUUUUCCAAAGUUAAUAAAGCUUAAAAGCUUGUUUCAGUGUUUUAAAUCGAAUCAGAAAAUAAACUAUAAAAUGAUAGAGAAUGAUUCAAAACUGCUCUCCGCAUCAAAAGCUAUCACAAUAAAUAAUAACCGGCCACUUAUGGUACUAAACUGCAAAAAUUGCAAUAAUAUUUUUACAAAAAAUGACAUAUAUAAAAAUAGUAAUAGCAAUCAAAUUUUUAAGAAUGAUUUAAAAUCAACAAUAAUUGAUAGAUGCAUAUGUAGCAAAAUAAAUUUGGAGAUCGAUAUAUCUCCUGCUAAUAUUAAUAAAUCAUCUAAUCAUUUAUUAGUCAAUAACAAUAAUUUCUAUAACAUGAUCUUACUCGAUCCUCGGCGAAAUAUAAAUGACACUGAGAAAAUUUUCCCUCACGUUAAAAACUUUAUACCAUUUAAUAUAGCUCUGAUGAUUAAUAAUAAGAUUAGAGUUAAACAUUCUCAAGAGCCACCACUAUUGGAUAUACUCUUUGAUUCCGCAUCACAUCAAAUUUUAUUGGAAUCGUUUAAUGAUUUCGAAAGAAUGAAAAAACCUUAUGGAAUUUGGAGUUCUACCAAUAAAUCUUCCAAUUUUAACACCUAUCGGUCAACAAAGAGUGGUUCAUAUUCAAAUAAGGCUGGCUCGAUAGCCAAGAGGAAACCGAUAGCGUUAACUACCGAUGCUAUCAGAGCAGAAUUGGGAUUUACGUCAGGUCUUCACGCGUGGCAAUUAACUUGGAAAAAUUCUCAUCGAGGUACCCACGCAGUUGUAGGCGUGGCUAAAGAAUCCGGAGGAGGAGCAAAAAUGGGAUAUACGACUACCGGCUACAACCCGUUAGUAGGAAAUGAUAUAGAUUCAUGGGGAAUCGAUUUGAAUACUCUUCUGAUAUGUCAUGAUAAAGAGCACUCUGCCACAGUUAAAAGUUUUUCUUGCGAUAAAUAUUAUUUAACAAAAUCAAGCGAAUUAGACAAAACGAGUGGCCAAUAUUGUUUGAAAAAAAAUAACCUCUCUCGAAAGACCUCUGAAUUUUUUUCUCAAAUUCCUCAUAUACCUAAAAUGAUGUAUAAGUUACCUAAUUUAAACUCCGAAAACUUUUAUAGUUAUAAACAACCCGAAUGCCUCUUAAAAAGAACAAAUGUUGGGGCUCUAUCGAAUAAAAUUAACAUUCCAGAAACUUUUAUCGUUGUAUUUGAUAUGAUAAGGGGAACUUUAGGGUUAUACUUUGAUAAUUAUUAUUGGGGACAUGCCUUUUCUUCUACUCAACUUAUGUCAAAUUCAACUCUUUCCACUGCGACUAAUGCAUUGUAUCCCAUAGUUAGUGCAGUUUGGGGCCACGGUGAAAUUGAAAUGGAAUAUAUAAAUGGGAUUGAAAAUCAAACACUCUCCUUGAAAUUGUUAUGCCGAUAUACCAUACGUAAAAAAACGGACUUUUUGUUCAAAUACCAUUGCGACCCAUUUAUCUUCCAUCAGAAUAUUCCUAUAAAUAUUUUAAAUUAUCUUACAAUUCCAUUAAAUCAAUAUAUGUAAAAUUUUUAUAUAAAUUUCUUUAUUCAAUUUUUUAAACAAAUUUUUUUAAUUUAUAAUUGAUUUUUAAAAAAUAUAUUAUUUAAUAUGAAUUAUAUCCUUUUUAGAAAGCAAAUAUAUUU